GCGCCCAAUUCCAAACCGCAAUCUACGCAUGGCACAUGUGAGCUGUGACCCAAUUUUAAAGUAAACAAAAGUCCUAAGGUUAAUUAAGUUCAAACCUUAUUGGAUAACCGUGUUUAAAUGUGGAUUAAGUCGUGAAUUCGGAAGAACGUAUUUUUGUGUUACUAAUGUUCGUUAGUCAAACUACGAGUAAUUCUUAGUAAAGUACCAAGUACUUAUUGGUUGCCGCAAUGUGGUCUGAAGCUGAUGAAUUCAUGGAACUGUUUAGAGGAUAUUUACCGUAUUACUUAUUGAUAAUGUUACCUCUGUUUAUUAUAAUUGCUCCCGUUUGUCCGGUAGGAGCGGCGCAUGACUUUCAAGUUUUUAGAAUGCAACAGUUUGAUUUACAUGGUGUUCCUCAUGGCUGCCGGAGUGCUGCGGUGAACUUGGAGGCACGUUCUGCCGUUGGAUGGGGGACGUCGCGUCAUUGUGUGGUUGCGAGACUGGAAGACAUCACCUCUGACAAAUUCAGAGAAAUUCGGAGCAGGGCGGGCGCCUUGCUGAUUGUAUUGCCGCGAAAUUUGUUUGGUCUGUCACAGGAAGAGAAACAGCAAAUAUGGGAACUUGAAGAAGCGAUGCUGUAUCAAGAGGUCAGCAUCCCGGUGUACUUUGUGGAGUGGGCUUCAACUCUCCAGACGAUUGUCAAUGAUGUGGCCUCCAGCUACAUGAAAGAUGAUCGCUCUACCACUGCAGUUGAGGCAUUGGUGCACUCCAUUGCUGCAAAUGGCUAUCAGAUUGUCGUGAGCACCAGUCAGCCGUCCCCUAGAUCGGAUGUUAACAUAGCAACCAUACAGGGAAAGCUCCCUGGAUUUGGUGUUGAAGAAAAGUUACCUACAGUGGCUGUUGUAGCACACUACGACAGUUUUGCUGUUGCUCCAGAUCUGGCGCUGGGCACGGACUCGAAUGGCUCCGGGGUGGCCAUGCUGAUGGAGCUGGCGCGCAUCUUCUCGCGCCUGUACGCCAACCCCAAGACCCACGCCCGGCACAACCUGGUGUUCCUGCUGACCGGCGCCGGCAAGUUCAACUACCAGGGCAGCAAGAAGUGGCUGGAGGACCAGUUGGACGGCGUCGAGGGCUCCGUCAUACAGGACGCGUCCUUUAUUCUGUGCUUGGAUACAGUUGCAACAGACAAUGUGCUCUAUCUUCACGUGUCCAAGCCACCUCGUGAUGGUAGCCCUGGAGGUAACUUCUACAAGGAACUGAAGUCCGUCGCUGAAUCUGUUAAUUUGAAUGUAACUGUAGAUACCAUUCACAAAAAAAUAAAUCUUGCGGACGAGCUGUUGGCGUGGGAGCAUGAACGCUAUAGCAUACGAAGGCUUCCGGCAUUCACUUUGUCUUCCUUAAAGAGCCACCGGAGUAUGAGUAGAAAUACAAUUUUGGACACACAUGAGAACGUGAAUGCACCUCUGCUCUUCCAUAACACUGACAUCGUGGCAGAAGCGCUCGCCAGACAUGUGUACAACUUGUCUGAUGGGAAAGUCUUUGAAGAGUCGUUGGAAGUGUCAAGAGAAUCUCUAGACUCUUGGCUGGAGUUUCUGUCGCAGCCCAGAUCUGCUCAGAUAUUGCUGGACAAGCAGAAUGUUCUAGUCAACUCGUUAAAAAAUUCGAUGAGCAGGUACUUAAAAGAUGUUAAGGUCUCGUAUCUAGUCCCUGAUAAGCGGGAUCCUGAGAUUGUUUUUUACGAUGUCACCAAAACCAUUGUCAACAUAUACAGUGUGAAGCCAGCAGUAUUUGAUCUCUUCCUGACAGGCCUCAUUGGCCUUUAUCUGGUCGCAAUUUAUUUUGUAGUUCAGAACUUUCCUCUCAUCUACGUUGCUGUCUCUAAAUUCUCUUCCUCGAAGAAGAGCAAAGUGCAGUGAGCCGGAUGUCCAGUAAUGCUUGUUCUGUAGCGAAAGUGCCCGCCCUCUACCACCAUAGGCCUACGUGGGCCUUGUAGCUCUCCGAGUGCCUUUAACGCCUGCCUCAUGACUUUAGUUAGGCAUUCUAGUCAUCAUGUUAUGGUUCAAGUGUUGUAAUUCUUUGUAGAGUAUUUCAUUUAUAGUAUGGUGUAUUUUGGCGUGGUUUCUGGCGUACUACGAAUUUGCCGAAGUUAUAAAGGUUGUGUGUAUGUAAUAAAAUUGUUAAAUGUAGAUUCGUGUAAACUUGUGUCAGACACACAUUGAAAGAGCAAUAAUUUUUUUAGAUAUGUUGCAGUAUUGAAGUGAUAGUCUUAGUUCUAAAGCAGGGAAACAAAAGUUUAAUCUAAGUAUAUAACUGGCAUUACAUUGCUUCUUCUUUAAAUUUAAUUUUUAAAUUUCUUUUUUACUGCAGCAUUAAAAUAAUAUAGGGUGUAUAACUUAUAUCUGUUUGGUAUAUAAUGGAAAUAUUUGCCCCGUAAAAAAAUGACUUAUUGAUUUUAUUUCAACAUUUAUAUAUGGUUAGUUUAAUUUUUGUUUACUACUUGUGAAAAUUCGGUUAUUUAUCCACAGGCAGCCUCAAUUUUAUUUUUCUAUCCCCAUUGAAUAUAUAUACACACACACACACACACACAGUUAGAUGACUUGGUCCUUCAAAAGUAUUUAAAGUUUAAUAUAUAUAUUAUAUAUAUAUUAAAUAUAAUACAGUAAGUCCUCUAUAUACGUCGUACCGAUUUACGUCGUUUCGGAUUAACGUCGCUAAUGUUUGAGUACUCAUGUUUCAAUUUAAGUUAUCGCCGAUUCACAAUAACGUCGUUUACAAUGACCGUAAAUCUUUAUUUUAACCAAAACACCAUAUAUAAUUCGUUUAUAAUUCUUUGUUUCCUUCGGUAGUUAAUUUAUGCUAUGUAGCGUAAGCUACACGUUCACCGCCUUAUCUUAUCAUACAUCAUGAGGGACGCUUCCUGCUCUCCGCUGCUUUAUAUUUCAAUUAAUAAAGGUAAUAAAGCAGCUGGUUAAAUAACCAUUCUAUAAAGCUGAGAAGUACUAGUUGGACUUGUUUCCCACGCUGUCGGUUGUCAUUUGCUGAUAAAAUUGCCCGUUGUCACGUCUGUAUGCCAGCGCUUCCGGCCGGCCGGUGGCAUGAAACAUGGCUCAUUUUGCGUCGUUUCUAUUUACGUCGCGGUUUUCAGGAACGUAACCCCGACGUAAACCGAGGACUUACUGUAUAUAUUAAAAUUUUACUACUUUUGAAGGACCAAGUCAUCUAACUGCUUAUAUUUACUUUGGUGGUCUACCAGUAAGGUGUUUUUUUUUAGUUUCAAGGUUUGUUUGGGGGGGGGGGUUGGAAUGUAAGCGAUUUCUCCCCAAAAUCCUUAAAAAAAAAAACUAUUGAAAUGUAUCAUUUCCACCAGCAAAAGGAAAGAAUCUAAGGGAAAAAAAACAGCAGGCAAAGUGAUUCUACUCUCAUGUGAAAUGAUAUUCUGCAUACGUUCCUACUUAUGCUCUGAUUGCAAAAUGUUACUUUUACUUUUCCCUAAUACCUUUAGCCUAAAGGAAAGUGCAUUUUAAAGGAUGUCAGCCAUUUUUUUUUAACAAUCUGAAUAGUUGCAAAUUGCUGAUGCAGCCUUUUGUAAAAGGAUGAGUUGUGUGCAUCCUUUCAUGCGGCCAUGGGGAAUUUCAGGGGCCUAUGGCUUUUCCUUUAAUAGACAAGUGACAAUAGUCUGUACUUGAACCAGCAAACUGCUGUUCAGGUUUUCUCUAUGCAUUUAUCAUUGUAAAUUGAUCAUUUGAGAGUGCAAAAUUAAAUAUUGCUUGAAAGUAGAUUGAGAAGAAUUUGUUGGAAAACAAAUGACCACAAAAAUUUACUAUAUUAUGAUACACCAGAUUGUUUUAGCUUCAGAAGAUUUCGGAAUUCUUUUCAUGACUAUUUUCUUACUUGAAAACCUAUAUGUUAAAGUAUUCUUUAGUUAAAGCUGCACUAGUAAAGGAUGCAGACUCAUUAUUCGGAAACCGCUUAUACUUUUGCAUUUUCCUUGAUAACUUAUCAUAAUGGUUGUAUGCAAGAAAGGUCAAAGGUCAAAAUUAAGGUUUUUUUUGUAAUGUCCAUUGGACACUGUUAACUGUGACAUAAAGAGAAGCCACAUGUACAAUGAUGUAUGAAGGUGCCCUCGCAGAUAAUACUGCAAUUAAGCGUUGUUCUAGAAAGGGGGGGGGGGGGGGGGUGGAAGAAACUCCAGAGCCCAAUUUUUUCUUUUUGAGACUAUAUUUAUGUUUACUGAAAUACCUAAAUUCAUGUUUCAAACUUUUCUUUCAUCAAAAGUUGUUAGAAAUAUUAAAGAUUCUGUAUUUGAGACCAUGAAUUCGUAAACACUCCAAGGCCGAUCUCUUGACAUAUUUGUCAUGUUUUGAAACUGCAUCUGUUGUUUGUACAAAAGUCCCUCUCAUAAAGUCUUCCUGGAACCCUCAGGCAGCAGUACUAUUUUCUUUGUGGUAAAACACUGCUUGUAUAGUUAGUAUACUGAACUAUCUUCUGUAGAAUUCCUGCUGGUCAUGGCCGAUGGCAGAGAAAGAGAGAGAGAGAAUAAGUAGGUAGUUAACCAAGUUUGUGAAAAAAAAUAACAUAGUUUUUGUUACUCUGUGAUGAAAGUAUUUUAAACAGAACUAUUAAAGAUCUCGUAGGCAUCUUACUGAAAAUGGAUACUUCUAAAUUGAGGUAAUUUGUAAUAAGGUUAUGAUGUCACUGUCAGCCAUAGCUAAUGAUUAUAAAUAUAAUAAGUAAUUAUAUAUGUGGUGUUUUCAUAUUUCAUAGUCCUGUCUAAUAGAGUAUUGUGUGUAACCUUGGUUGCCAUGUCUCACACCUUGGUGUCUCAAUUUUUUGUUUUGUAUGAUGCUUUUAACUGCCAAUGGUGUUUCUAUUUGUAGGGUGAUAAGGGUUAUUACUUUCCUCGUCCAUAACCCUUGUAGAAGACAUAACAAAAAAAAUAAUCCACUCCAGUCUGCACCUCAUUUUUGAAGUACAAAAUUUCUGUAAAAAUUGUAUUAUUUUGUAUUUGUUUUAGUGCUACUGCAUUGUGUGUGAUUAAAAAAAAGAAAAGAUGAAACCCUAUGUUGAUAAUGACUUUUCAAGAAGGCAGAAAUGUAUUAAAAAUAGCCUCUUAAGGGGAUUUCCCCCCCCCCCCCCCCCCAAAUUCCAUACCACCCAAUAGUCGUAGCUGUAGCCCUGAUCUAGUGUAUGAGGACAUAUGUAGGUUGGUGGUCAUAAAAUUAUUAUGAGUUAUACAUUGUAAUGUGGUAGAACCACUUAUCAAAAAGCUUUAUCUCAAUUAAUAAUCUCAAUUUAUGAUAGUUUGACACUGUUAUUUGCAGAUGUUUUAUUCUCUCCUGCACCACAAUUUUAAAAUGUUGUCAUUUGUCAGGACGUACAGCAAAUUAGUCUUGGUACAAAACAUAAUGUGUAUUGUAAAGGCAGUUUCUAUUAUAAAAUUGUAUCAUCCGUAGUUGUGACAUUACAAAGCUCUUUUCAGUAUAGUGUGUGUGUGUGUGUGUGUGUGAAUAAGAUGGUAGUGUGACCACUUGAAGAAAACUACUUAAAAGGUUUGUGAGAUUAAAUCUCUGGUAAAUUUAAACUUGAAAUUUUGAAAAGUUUUAUUCAUUCUUCAAAAAGAUAUAAGAAUUGUUAUUUAUUCUCUAUUAUUGUGCAUGCAAUAAAUGAAUAACUUUCCUGUUUUGAAAACUGUAUGUUGUACCCUAUUUUAAGCCCAUUAAUUUUGUUACAUGUUCUGUUGGUGAUUUUUUUUAAACUAAUGUAUAAUAUGUGGUAUAUUUUUUACAAAGUAUUUCCUUUAUUAAAAUGUAUAACUGUUAGUUGGAUCUCUGUUACCACAUGUUGACCUAAAGUUAAAUAAAAAAUAAAAACAUGAAAUUUUUUUGUUGUAAACUUACAUCUUUAUUACUAUAUUGUGAAAAAGAAUAGCAUUAUAUUUUCAUUUCGAGUAAUGCUUCUGGUUUGCUCACUGUUUUAUUGCCAGACUUGUUUUUUUGUUACUCUUUCUCAUUCACUAUCUCUUCAAUUAUUAUGUGGCUGAAUUUUGAUUUAGAGAUAAAUAAACAUUUACCACAAUAAUUUUUUCAGCCCACAGUAUGACUACAAGAUGGAAUAUUUUUUGUGGGUUAGGGAAUCGGGCCAAUUUAGCUGUUGGAUAGUGGAUACUUAAGCUUUAGAAUUAUUGUAGUUUGCAAUCAAUGUUUAUUGUCUUAGUAUUUGAUUUAAGGCUGUAUAAUUGUACAGCAACCCGGAUUAAAUUUAUUUGUUUAUGUUUAUAAUCUGUUUUUGAAUCUUUAUUACUGAAAUUCAUUAUAAUUUUUGUGCAACAAAAAGCAGCAAUGAACAAA